AAACAUAACAAAACUCCAAAUGAAGUUUUUGAUUGGGUGUUGAAAAAUAAUGAUGAUUCAAGAUAUAUUUGUUUACUCGGAAUAUUUUAUAGUUGGAGCAUUGGAACAGUAAAAUGUGAUACAGAAUCAUUUAAAUUAUUCUUUAAAGCAGCAAAUAAAGAUAAUGUCAUUGAACAAUAUUACCAAGAAUUUGAAGAAAGCAACUGA